AUGGCCACCCAAUUGUCUCGCCGCAGCACCAAAGAAGAGGCUGUAGACCUCGACAUGAAGAACCUUCAGCGCGAGACGACUACAUACGAUCCCACUCAAACAGGCGAGAUUCUGGCUGUCUUCGAUGACAAGAAGCUUGUACGCAAGAUCGACUUUCGAUUGAUGCCAAUACUAUGUAUCACUUACGCACUGCAAUCAAUCGAUAAGACGACUUUGUCCUACGCUGCCGUCUUUGGACUGGCCAACGAGACCCAUGUCUCAGGAGUCGAGUUCUCAUGGCUUGGAGCCAUCUUCUACCUCGGGUACAUGUUCUGGGAAUGGCCAACCUCGUACCUCCUGCAGAGAUUUCCACUUGGAAAAUUCCUGGGAACAUCGGUCAUCCUCUGGGGCGUCGCUCUCGCCUGUCACGCAGCAGGUCACAACUUCGCCGGACUGGCAACCGCAAGAUUCUUCUUGGGCGUCUUCGAAGCGUGCAUACAGCCAGUAACGAUGAUGAUGUUCAGUAUCUGGUAUACACGUAUGGAACAACCUCUACGCUUGGGCAUCUGGAUUGGUUGCGCCGGACUUGGUUAUGUUGUUGCUGGUAUCACGAGCUUCGGCAUUGGACACAUCCAUGGUGACUUGUCUAGUUGGCGCUACACUUUCCUCAUCUGGGGAUGCAUCACUAUCGCUUGGGGUGUGGUGGUACUUCUUUUCCUGCCUGAUAGCCCCGCAACGGCCAAAUUUCUCUCCGAGGAUGAGAAGAUUGGCGUGACCGAACGCGUUAAAGCCAACGGUACUGGACUAGAAGGAAAGACCUUCAAGAUGGAUCAGAUGUGGGAGACGCUGACAGACACCAAGACUUGGUUGCUCUUUAUCUUUGCGGUGAGCAGCAACGCUCCCAACGGCGGAUUGACUACUUUCCAAGGUCUCAUUAUUCGUGGUCUCGGCUUCUCGAAACUGCGCACCACGCUGAUUCAAAUGCCCUCGGGUGCCAUACAGUUCGUGGUGUGUACAGGCGCAACCUUCUUCGCCUCGCGCUUCGAGAACGCAAGAUUGCUCACCAUGUUCUUGUGUCUGCUGCCCACAUUAGCUGGUGUCAUUGGAAUGUGGACCUUGCCCAGAAGCGUGCCUUGGGGUCGUAUGGUAUGCUUGUGGAUCACAUUCACUUACACGGCUACGUGGACGCUGUCCAUGUCUGUGGUGACAGCCAACACUGCCGGAUCAACCAAGAAGUCCACAACUGCUGCCAUGCUUCUCAUCGGCUACUGUCUCGGAAACCUCAUCGGGCCUUUCUUCUUCAAGAAGCCCCAGGCACCAAGAUAUGAGCUAGGCGUAGGUAUGAUGUUGACUUGUAUCGGCAUACAGAUGCUCAGUAUUGGGAGCUUGUAUUUGCUGUUCCUCACUCGCAAUCGUAAGCGUGCUGCUAAGAAUGCAUCAUCGGCUGAGCACGUUGCCGAAGGACAGAUGAGAGGACUCAGCGAUGAAACUGAUCUUCAGAACCCUAACUUCAAGUAUGUGUAUUGA